CCCAAUUCGUCAAAACCUAAAAGUCCUCUACUUCUCUCCCAUCGGACUUGGAUCACCCACGCCCCACUAAACAACCACCUCCACUACCACCAGCGACGAAAACGAACGACCACCGCGACAGCGACGUCCACCCCCUCUCUUCCCCUUUGUCUCGUCGUGGGUUGGUGCGAAUCCUCUCUCACUGUUCGUAUUGUCUUGCAAUACACCCUACGUAUUACCUUCCUGAAUACAAUACAGACUCAUCGAAGAAGUGUGAGAACUGAAGGUUUCUUGGAUUGCAAUGGCAGCUUCUGCAAACAUUCUGACUGCUGAGGACCAUACUUUAAACGGGGAGUGGACAGUCGUUUCAUCUCGUCGUGGAUUCAAAAGAAGAAACACACCCAGAAUGCCAACCCUAGGGCAAAAGCUACAGCAACAGCAGCAGGAGCCUUGGGCUCCAACUGAUUUCAAAAUCAAUUUUAUCCGAGAAUCAAAACUGAUGCAGAAGAUGCAGAUCUGUAUGAAGAAAUUGGAGAUGUCUCAGUUCUUUCUCAAUUUACUGGAUCAAAUUGGAACUCCGGAACUGACGAAUUGCUUCCUUAGGGUUUUGAGCUCUGAAUCAAAGAUGAACAUGGUGAUAUAUGGAAUUGGCAGCCUUGAGACCUAUGAAUCACCUCGAUUGCAGUUGAGCCUUGCGAUCUUGCUGAAGAGAAAUGUCAGUUGGAUUGGAGAUAUAGAGGUGUUUGAUCCUGUUCUUUCUGCCACCGAAACUCGUGUUUUGGAAGCUCUAGGCUGCACUGUGCUGUCUAUAAACGAGCAAGGCCGGCGUCGGGCUCAAAAGCCGAUGAUGUUCUUCAUGCCACAUUGUGAGGCAGAGUUGUAUGAUAAUCUUCUGCAGGCGAAUUGGGAAGUGCAGCUGUUGGAUUGCAUCGUAUUGUUUGGGAAUAGCUUUGAGAUGUAUGAGCAGCACCUGUCAGAGUUUAAGAACUCAGCAAUUGUCGAUUCCACAACACGCAUCUUGGCUGCUCGAAAAUUCACAGAUGAGUUUAGAAUUAAGACAGUUUCUGAUGAUUAUUUUAGUGCUUUUCAUGAUUCAAGUUGGCAUUUUUUCGGCCCUGUCCUUGAGACGGAGCUGCAGUUGAGCAGAUAAUGAUUAUUUGAUUGGUAUCGAGAAAUUUUAUUGAUGAUUGAAGAAACAAAUUAAGGCAGUUUUGGAUUGAUUAUUUUGGUUGUUUUCAAGAUUCAAGUUGGCAUAUUAUCAGCCCUGACCUUGCAACUGACAUGUAGUUCAGCGAUGUUCUUUGAUGCGUAAGGGAAUCAUGAACAUGCCGAAUAUGAUCCAUAAAACAUUGGCCUUUACUGUUGGUUAUCUCAAAUUGUUUGUUCUCGAAAGGGUUCUCCCCUCAGAGUUUCGUUUAGGCCAUAUCAAGCAACCUGGAUAUGAUGGGUAUAAUCCUUCAUUAACUUGAGGUAUUUGAAUUUCUCCGUCUGUAAUGCUGAGAAGAUGUUUGCAUGAGAAUUGUCGAUGAUAAAGAAGAUAAAUGUUUUGUUGAGGCGAAAAGAAGUUGAAUGUUAAUUUGGGUUCAAACAGUAAUUUCCCUCGAAGAUAGGAACUGGGGAGACACAAGGCUUCAAUGGAAAAUCCUGCACGCUUAUGGUUAUGGUGAGGGAGGUCCAACUAAACUAAAACACUGUUGGUACCUGUGGAUCCCAAAAUUGAUCAACGAACUCGCUGACUAACACUUUAGUCAUGGUAUUGAGUACUUGGCUUUUGCUAUUUUACAAUAGUAUUAGAUAGUUUAAUAAGGUUUUACACUUGUUAAGUCACCAGCGUUAAGUGGUGAUAGUACUACCGUUAAUUGUGGAUAUCGUUAAUGUUAAAUGAUAUUGUGAAUAAAUACUAAAGGUAGUUUUCACUAA